ACAUUCAACGGCUGUUACAUUUGGUCACUGCGUAGUCUUGAUCUCUUAAGGCUAACUUUUCCCGAAGAAGAGUCGAAAAUGGUGAAUAUCUUAGAACAAAAGGUAGACGAAGUCAGGCUGGAAGGAAAGCUCAGAGAAGGUGAAGAUUCUGCAGGAGAAAGCGAAACGGAAGACAUUCCAGCUCCUGAUGGAGAGCCAUCCAUAAAGAACAAGAAGAAGAAAAAGAAGAAGAAGGGGAAGAGCAAGGCAUCUAGCGGAGCAAAUCCCUUAUUAGGCAGUAUUCCUGAUGAAGAACCUGCCCCUCCGCCCGAGACUCCUGAGGAAAAGGCCAAAUGGGAUAAGGAGCUGAAGAAGGGAUGUAGGACAUUCUCUUUACCAUCGUGGUAUGUCUUGGAUGAUAGGACUCGGCCGAUCCUCAACACCUUCUUAACCCCUUCGUGUAAAAAGUUUGCUUUACAAACACCCAGACUACGCUUGCGUCAGGUAGAGGUUGGGGAUACGACUGGAAUAAGAAGAAUAAAAAUGGAGCCUACUGUACAAAGGACCCAGCUCUACGGAUCACCUUCCAUUUCUGAUAUCAAAGAGUCUUUCCAGAACCGUUACAUCCGAUCCAGCAUCCCACGAGCCUCCACAUCUACCGAUACAAAAUACAGGGAAGAAUAUGUUUUUGCCAUCACUGCCCUCGACCCUUCUUCUUUAGCCAUCAAACCUGCGGGCAACGUUCGGAUAACCAACCGCCUCACCUCUGCAGAGGGGUACAUAGGCAACAUUGCCCUCUCCCUCUUAUUCACUGACUCAUGCCCUUCAUUACUUCCUCAGAAGGGCCAGGUUUAUACCCAGCCGACGUUUGAGCAGUUCAAGAAGAUGGGAUUGGUGGGCAAGAUGUUUUACGAGGUACAUCCGCAACUUUGGGGGCAGGGGAUCAUGAGUGAGGCGUUUGUGGAGGUUUUGAGGUUUGCAAUGGAGGAAGUAGGAUGUACCUUGGUGCAAUCUGAUCCGACUGUCAACAACGAUGCUUCCAUCCGAUUAUGUACCAAAAACGGCAUGCACUUUGUCGAAAAGCGCGAUAAUGAGUGGGAUAAACCUCAGCUCAUACACGAAAUAUCGAGUAAGACAUGGUGGGAGAAGAAUCGGCCGGGCAAGGUGGUAAUGGAUAGAUGGGGUGGGAAGGAAGUUUGUCGAUGGUGUCUCAAUUUUAGACUUGCAACGCCAACGAUUCAAUGCCAACAUUGCGACUGGGCAAAAUAUUGUUCAAGGGAAUGUCAGAGAGCGGACUGGGUAAGAACGAAUGGGCAUCAAUCGGAGUGUGAUCUGAAACCAUAGGGGGGCUAUAGAUGUAUCUUUCAAUCAAUCUAGAGGUAUAUAUAGUGACUUAUUGCAACUCUGA